AUGUCACCCAAGCGUCUGGUCUCCCCUCCGCCCCGCCAGCGUAUGGUCUCUCCGCCCCCUCGUCGUCAGGGUCGGAUGUCUCCCAGGCGUCUUCGCUCGCCUCCGCCCCCGAUGAAGUUGAGGUCUCCGUCCAAGACUACAUUGGUCGAGCCUCAACCUACCGGCCGUCCGGAGGGUCUCAACAUCAGUGAGUUGGUCCAGCGGCCGCCCCUCACUCGCACCAAGUCGUUGCCUCGCGUCCCCAACCCCUUCUUCAACCGGCCGCAGCAUUGGAUGGACUGCCUCUGCGAAUCGCCUGAGGGCGACACGCUCCACACCCGCGGGCCCAUCGACAUCGUCGAGGGACUGGAGAAGAAGCGCCAGAAGCGAAAGGAAAAGUUCUGGCGACAACACUGCCGCAAAGCUGCGCGCGAGCAGAUGGAGCGACGCCGCGUCCCGGGCAAAGGAGCCGAACGGAUGAAGGACCUCGGCCUAGCCGUGGCCGAGCGAACCCGGGCUUACGGUGUUGGCGACAACGCGCAGCUCGUCCUUUCCGUCUAGGCUUUUGUCUCCGACGUGUGCCCUGUGCUCCUCUUGUACAUAAUUGUGUUCAACUUUACAGGUCAAACCGCUCAUUUGACAGGACCUGGUGGACUGAACUCGCUUCAUUCGCUAUUCCUUGUCAUUUCCUCGGUGGUUUGUGUCCUUCAUGUGUCCAUGUGUUUCCUUACGUGUUUGGAGGACAUUUGUUUCUGCAUUUACAGCGUGAUCCCUUUUUUAUUUUUUCUCUAUACAUAUUUUUAUUCCGCAUCACUUUCUUUUCUUUGUCAACGGUUCUUCGGUCGGAUGUUUGCAUGGGCGGUUCAAAUGGAGGAUACCCCUGCGUUGUUUUGUUGUAGUAGAUCAGACCAGACUAGGCAGAUUCUGUCAAAAUAAUCAUUC